UCUCCGACUAGACUGUCACGUCCAAAUCAGAGAGCACCCAGGCCAGUCUGACCUCUCCCUGGUCCUAAUAAUAGCCUUCGCCGCCUAGACAGCCUAAUUAUUUUCUGAAAUGACGGGAGAACAUGUGUGUCAUCAAAUCAGCUCAGGAUCUAGGACAGGUGUUGGUACCGUUACUGUGUUUUGAUCGACAAUCUCGUGAAACACAAAAUUGUUUGCAGUGGUUGUCAUUGAAGGAACAUUUUGCUGGCACACCAACUGUAGCAGGUCGAUCCGGAUCAUGGCAGACUCCGGCAAUCCAUCUAACGAGGAGUUGAAGUCCGUUAGGGACGCAUUUCUAAAGGAAUUGGAUAGUGGGAUGAAGUUCUGGACGAAGCACUCUCACGAUGAACAAUAUGGAGGUUUCCUCAUGUGUCUGGCUGAAGAUGGCGAAGUGUAUGACACUCACAAGUAUGGAUGGAUGCAAUGCCGCCAGGUGUGGAUGUACACCUAUCUGUACCAGCACUUCGAGAAGUUCAGAACGCCGGAAAUCCUCGAUGCCGCCAAGAAGGGCCUGCAGUUUAUUCGCGAGCAUUUGCCAAUGCGCCACCUGGAGGGGCGUGCGCAGAAGCGCUGCUACUUUGCCGUAACACGCGAGGGCAAGCCGUACCGUGUGCAGCGCAAGCCGUUCACCGAGUGCUUCUUCGCCAUGGCGCUAUGGGGCAUGUACGAGAUUACAGACGAAGAAGCAUUGAAGGACCAGGCCAUGGCCGAGCUGGAGGCGUAUGCAUAUUGGGCCAGGGAAGAUGCCAGCGAUCUCGGCGCACCUGUGCUGGAGGGUCAGCCAUCCGUCUCCAUGCUGAACCGGCCCAUGAUGCUACUCAACCUAAUUCUGCUCAUGGUAAAGCCAGACAGCGAAUUCUUUGCCCGUCACGCUACCUGGUGUAUCGAGCGCAUUCUCAAACAUAGUCAGGGUGGAUACAUCUUGGAGAUACUGGGACUGGAUGACAAGCCGCUGGAAGGCAGUGAAGGACGACACCUCAAUCCUGGCCAUGCCAUGGAGGCCAGCUGGUUUCUGAUGGAGUACUGGCGCAAGUUUGACUCGGGAAACUCUAAACUCCUGCAGACCGCCAUUGACGAAUUCCUAACUCGACCGUUAGAGUACGGAUGGGACGAGAAGUUCGGUGGCGUGUUCAUGUUCCUGGACCGUGACGGCUACCCGCCCGUUCACCUCGAGUGGGACAUGAAGCUCUGGUGGCCGCACUGCGAAGGCAUGAUAGCGUGUCUGAUGGCCUACCAGCACACCGGAGAUGCGAAGCACUGGAAAGCGUUCCGUCAGCUCUACGACUACUCCUUCAAACAUUACCCUGAUGCUAAACACGGCGAAUGGUUUGGCUACGUGAAUCGGCAAGGUGAAAUAUCACAAACCCUCAAGGCAGGUCCUUACAAAGGCUGCUUUCACACUGUGCGGUGCUGGGCAUUGUGCAGUGAGCUAGUUGACAGUAUUCUCAAGAAGUAACGGAUGGCUGGACACGGUUUCUGGCCAAAUUGUUACCUAAGAAUUAUUUGCUUUCUUUUGUGAGAAAACCAAUUUUAAAAGUGCUACUGUAGGUAGGUAGGUAGUCACGUUGAAUUUUGACAACAACAAGAAACAGGGUGAUAACCCUGGGCUGAUAGCCAAACUACUAAUUAUUAGCACCCAUCCAUCACUAGCUCUUUAUAGCUCAUUUUAAUCUUCUUCUUCUUUUUUUACUAUGUGUAGCAGUGCUUGCCAAUAGGAGUCGGUAUAUCCAUACCAUCAGUCUUCGUGAAAGUACACAUAGGUAUUACUAUUAGGGAGUUUGGAAAUUUGUUGUGCGAUUUUUCAUCAUUUUUAAAAGUUCUUUUACCGCCCUCGAAAUCGAUCAGCUUCAUGGUCACUUUCAUAAGUUGUUUUUCAUCCUUCCUGCUGACUUUCCUCAAACGGUCCAGAAAUAAAAACAUCAACUGCAGGAAAGGA